AUGGAUGGGAAUGUGAGGCGGUUACCGCCGUGGAUGAUCGCCGGCGGAUCCUCCGGUGUAACAGCUACAAGCAAUCCGGCAGACGAUCAAAGUGUCGAUGUCAAUUCAAAUCAUGAAGCAGAUGAUGCUCCCAUAACAAAGAGAGAGAAACGACCGAGAAAAACCAUUAAGCCCAAGGAGAGAGAUGAUUCAGACGAGCCCAAAAAGGUGGGAAUCAAGAGAAAAGGAAGAGAACGAGCUCGAAUCAAAAUCGAUGAAGAAGGAUCUAAGCCUAGUAUUGGUGAUGUCAAGAAUCCUGAGAUUAUUCAAUCCGUUACUGGUCCAAAAGAUUAUAAUCUUACAGUUGAUGACUUACUAAUCUUUGCUGAAGAGCAUGUCAAAGGUGGAGAAGAUCAGACAAGAACGGAGCGGGAAAGCUCGUCAAUAGAUAAGUCCAUGCUCGUUGUGGAUGAAUCGUCAAAUACGAGAUUAUCUCAAGGAGAAACAGAAGAACCUAAUGGAACCAGAGAUUCAACCGCAGAUGACAUGUUAAGUUUGCUUUUGGGUCCUUUUUUCAAGAGCAAGAAUUAA